CUGCAGCUGGCUUUUAAUACUUCACAAAAGAACGAAGUCCGGAGGCGCGCUGCGUUUCCAGAGGGAACAAGUCCAAUCUGUGUGGUGGAAUAUUAACUCUAAGUCUGCUUUAAGAGCAUAAAUGUCCGAGAUUUUACAUCUGUGCCUCCAGAGAAGCGGAACAGAGUGGGACGGACUUGGAUGUCAGUCAGGAGCUCCCGGUGCUGCCGUAAAGAUCCCAAACUCUCGCAUCAAAUAAGACAACAUGGGAAAGAAAAUCUUUGGGACCAAUUACCCGGUCAGCAUCUGCUUCAUCGUGGUGAAUGAAUUCUGCGAACGCUUCUCCUACUAUGGCAUGAAAGCAUUGCUGACACUCUAUUUCCUCAACUAUCUGAAGUGGGACAAGGACCUCUCCACUGCCAUCUACCACGCUUUCAGCAGCCUCUGCUACUUCACACCCAUACUGGGAGCUUUCAUCGCUGACUCCUGGCUCGGAAAAUUCAAGACCAUCAUCUACCUGUCCAUUGUUUAUGUGAUCGGCCAUGUGGUCAAGUCGGUCGGAGCCAUUCCCACUGUGGGAAGCACUGACCUGCACAUCGCUCUGUCCAUGUCAGGUCUGAUACUCAUAGCUUUGGGCACGGGAGGAAUCAAACCCUGCGUGGCAGCGUUCGGAGGAGACCAGUUUGACGAGGAGCAUACCACUGAGAGGCAGAAAUUCUUCUCCAUUUUCUACAUGUCGAUCAAUGCUGGCAGCCUCCUGUCCACUGUGAUUACACCCAUACUGAGAGGUGAUGUGCAGUGUUUUGGUGGAGACUGCUAUGCUUUGGCCUUUGGGGUUCCGGCAGCUCUGAUGGUCGUGGCUUUAGUUGUGUUCAUUGCUGGCAGCAGUAUGUACAAGAGAACUCCUCCCCAGGGAAACAUCCUAUGGGAAGUCUGCUCUUGCAUUGUGUUUGCUAUCAAAAAUCGUUGGAACAGAUCGAAAAAUGACCCAUCAAGAAAGCACUGGUUGGACUGGGCUGAGGAGAAGUACUCGAUGCGUCUGAUUCAGGAAAUAAAGAUGGUUAUACGGGUUCUGGUGCUCUACAUCCCCCUGCCAAUGUUCUGGGCUCUCUUUGAUCAGCAGGGUUCCCGCUGGACACUUCAAGCCACAAGGAUGAACAUGGCCUUUGGAGACUCCUUCGUGAUUAAGCCUGACCAAAUGCAGAUGUUGAAUGCUCUGCUGAUUCUUAUCUUUGUACCCAUCUUUGACCUUAUCAUCUACCCGCUCGUUACACUCUGUGGAAUCAAGAUCACGCCUCUGAGGAAAAUGGCCACAGGCAUGGUGUUUGCAGCCCUGGCCUUCGGAGCAGCCACGCUGGUGGAGGUGAACGUUGUGAAAACUGUGGUGAAUCCUGCGCCUGCAGGGAGCUCUCUCCUGCAGGUCGUUAACCUGGCUGAAGGCGACGUCAGUCUGAAGGCACUUGAUGCCGAUCUGUCUCUAGAAUCAAUCCAGUACCUCGCGGACCCUCCUCAGUAUGAGAUCCUUCCGCUGUCCAACGGGCAGCUGAAAUUUCAAAUCACCUUCAAUGGAUCAACCUUUCAGUGCUCCGAGGAUGCUCAACAACACAAAGCCUACAGUGUCAUCGUUUACCCCGACACUGAUGGAAUCAGCUGCAAAUUAGCGGAAGACUACAUAAAGAAAAAUGAAGAUGGGAAUCCAUUAUUGAGGUUCCUCAACACACAGCCGGAGGCCGUAAACAUAACAGUUGGAGAUGUGAAUUUCUACGUGCCCCCCAGUUAUGAUGUGACUCUUAACAAGACCGUGGCUCGAGGAGAAUACACUGAUGUGAUCUGCACCUCACAGUCAGGGAACUCCUCUAAACUUAACCUGGGACUGCUGGACUUUGGAGCUUCCUACACCGUCAUACUCACGGAGGAAUCGGGUAAAAUUGCGACUCACAAGAUUGUGGAUGUGAAAGCCAACAAUGUGCACAUUGCCUAUCAGAUCCCCCAGUACGUCCUCAUAACUGCUGGAGAAGUCAUGUUCUCCAUCACCGGCCUGGAGUUCUCCUACUCACAGGCUCCAGCCAACAUGAAAUCAGUGCUGCAGGCUGGCUGGCUGCUCACGGUUGCAUUUGGCAAUGUGAUAGUGCUGAUUGUGGCAGAGGGGGCGGGACUGGAACAGUGGAUCGAGUUCUUGCUGUUUGCCAGUCUGCUGUUGGGGGUCUUUAUCAUCUUCUCCAUCAUGGCCCUUUUUUACACCUACGUCGACCCUGAAGAAGUGGAGAAGAUUUACCUGGAAAAUUCAGUGAGGGAGGAAGACGACAGUGACUUCAAGAAGAAAAAUAAUGAGAUGGAACUGAAAAAAACAGGAAAGAGCACCAGAAUGUAAUUUCGCUCUAUUAGUCACACCUCAUUAUCCUUUUGGCUGCUUUAUGCUGUUUUUUUUUUUUAAGGUAUUAUUUGAGUGAAAAUGAAACUCUAAGACAUGAUUGUUGGAGAUUUCGUGUGGUUAUAAAGCAUGGCACCUGUGACAACAUUUAAUAUAUUUGGUGAACGCUCCCGUUUCAGGGUUGAUGACCGUACAAGGAAAAAACCUCCUGAAAUAAAUCGAAAACAUGAAAUGGUGUUCGAGGGGGGAUAAAAUAGUCUGUCAUUUCCUAUAAAAUGAUCAAUAGUGUUAUUAAAGCAUGUUAAUAAUACACUGUAUAUAUUUGCUGCAUGUUAACUCCAUGUCAAAAUGCUGUGAUGUUUCAUGAUAAUCACAAGCUGUACCAUCAGGGACAAAAUGUAUUCAGUUCGCUUUGUGUGGCUGCAACAAUCACAAUAAUACGGUUUGAUUUUCAGCUCGUCAUUAACAAACAUGUAGCUCCAAUGAUCCAGGUUGGGGGGGGGUUAUCCUUUAAGUCCUUUGAUAACACUGUGACACAUGCAGCUAGGUUUGGAUAUUUAAUAUGAAUUUUUUUUUUACAUGAAUUUCAUGUAGUCGAUGCUUGAAGCCUCCUUCACUCUGCAUCCACAGACAUUUUAAACUCUUGUGUAUACGUGGAAACCCAGAUAGAUUCAUCAGGGCAUUUGGGGUUCAGUAUCUUGCCCCAGGACACGAAAACAUAUGGAUGCAGAAGCUAGGGAUUGAACCAGCAACCUUCUGAAUAGUAGAUAACCUGAGUUGCCAUGAACUUGGUCAAUCAAAAAAGUAUUUGUACUAAUUUUAGUACUUGUAGCCACCUGUGAAUGAUCCCCCUGUAAUGUUAUCUGCUGCACUAAUGCUGAAAUGAACUCACUGUCUGGCAGGUUGGAAAGUUAAGGCAGUUUUCACGGAUGGAUUUUGAUAUGUCACAGCAGGAAAAUCAGAAGUAUUAAAAUUAUGAAAAAUUUCCAUGUAGCUGCUUCAUGUCGGGGGUCUGGUGUUGUUCAUGCUGCUCAUCGGGACACUUGAACAGAAACAGAGGCACCUGUGCUUUCAAAUCAACCAGUGUGCUGUUAAAAAAUGAAAAGUAUGUGUGGAUUUUAUUUUUUGGUGUGUGUGUGCUCGAACUUGCUGAAACUGAUAUGGUUUUUGUCUGUGGUUUGUUUCGUGACAAUAUGUAGGGAAAAGUGUAACUUGUGGU